UACAUUACAAUUAACGCCGGCGUUCGGUGGCCUCGCGCAAGUGUCGCCAUCGCGCUGCCGAGCUGCCGGCCACUCCGGCCAACAGCCCCACACAUGCGCCGUGUCAGUCAACAACAGUUUGCGCGCGCACGCGUAAUUCAACGAGCACACUGUAUUUUUUUCCUUAUCCACCGGCAACGACACCAACAGUAUUGAUCGGGCCUUCGCCGCGAUACCGCGUCUUGAAAAUGCGACACGAGUAAUACCGCGCUAAAUCAGUGCUAAAACAAAAUCGAAUGCCCUAAUUACAAUGGAGCUGCAUGAAAUGGAAGUGUGAGAUACAGUUUCAGAGUGCGAACCAUCAAGUUGACGAUAUGUCCAAGAUCCCAAUCGACCGCAAUGGAAAGUUACGAGCAAUAGAAUUACGAGGACUCUACUCCAGUAAUCAUUCCAAGAUAAAGAGCUUCGGAUCCCUAGAUUCCGUCGAUGUCAAAAGAGUGGCAGAAGCUGCAGGACAUUCUCAAAAUGCCGAAAUAAAACCAGCAAACGACAUCAAGGAGCAAAUAUUUUGCAAAUCCUACGCAUCAUUAAUACCAAAAAUGAGCUUAAAUUUAGAGAAGGUUGUGGAACAAAAUCCCAGAAUUCUAGAUUUACGGGAAAAACUAAAUGCAAUAACGAAGAAGCAAGAUCGAAAUGUGGAUAAGAAAACAAAAGGAUUCAUAAAUGAUAUAACACAACUUGUUGAUGAUAAAGAACAAGAUGAAUCAGGACCUUAUAGCCUUCUGUUUGAUUUAAAACCAGAUUCAUCUACAUCAUGUCAAGAGUCCACGGAAAAUAAUGUCUGGAAUAGACCUAAAUCUGGUGGCGUUAUCGAUUUCAGUUUUCAAAGUAUGGACAAAUCAAACAAUCCAGUGACAAAGAGUGCGGACAGAUUACCUAAUGUUUUGAAUUUCGAUGAUAAACCUAUGAAAGAAUUUGAAUAUUCAUGUGAAAAGGAGGUCAAUUUCCCAGUGAAAAAAGUGUUUAAUACACAUUCUAGAUCUGAUCUCUGCUUGCAAUUGAAAUCUCAUAUAAUACACUCCAGAACAUUCGAAUCAAAUCUGAGCCCGAAUGAUAAUUCUUUAAGUCGGACAAAUGAAGAAAACUCUCUUGAUGACAGCUUAGGAAUUCUAACUCCUGAUCAGAUGGAUGACAUUUGUUACCUGGAGAAUGCAUUUUCACCUACAGUUGAGGGGUUACCAAUUUUCUGUGAUAGCAAUGAGUGUAAAAUCUCACCUGAUAAUGGUGAUACACCAUCAACUGAUAAGACUGAAAGUAAUUCGGCGGCUUCUACAAUACAAAACGAUGGUUUUGAAAACGGUGAAUCUAAAAAGUACAAUUUAUUUGAACGCCCACUUGCUCCCAUUGUUAGUUUAGAAGCGAUAACUAAUGAAGAUCAGUCAGCAAGUUAUGAUGUUCCAGUAGGACCUAAAUCGCAACACAAUGCAUUAUCUGUACCUAAGGAGUCAAGAGUACUUUCUAAAUAUUCUCAAGACCUAAUAGCAGAAAAUGAAAAUUUUGAUGCUACUAAAGAAGACUCUAUUCCCAAUUUGAUUGAAGAAGAAUUUUUGCCUUCUAUUCACAGUAGCAUUUUAGAACCAGUCAGUUCUAUCGCUGAAACUACAGUGAAUUUGGAAAUUCCUUUGGAUUGCAAGCACGACAAAAGCUCAAUUGUAAAUCGAAUAGAUGAAACCCCAUCACCGGAAGACCUGCCGCUAGACAGUUCGGAUAUUAAUGGUGAGAUGAGUACUUAUUCUCAAUUUUCUGCAUCUACCUUACACGACUCAAACACAUAUUCAGAUAGUAAGAAUGACUAUCCUAAAUCGAUGGAAACGUCUAAAGUUUCAAAUAGUUUUAUAACAAGUAUAACCAGUAUUACUAGCUUAGAUGGAUACCAGGGCGAUGGAGAAAUGUCAAGGCCCGUGAGCAGAGGUGCAGAUCAUUCCAUAGAACAGCGCGAAGAUGUGAUAGAGAUGGACUGGCAAAAUGUGCCCGUGACUAGAAGAGCAGAUCCUAUGACAGAUUCAGACUUUUUCACAGAAAGCGACGCCGACGGUUUAGAUGACCACAUGCAAAGAGGCGAUAGGAGAGCCCAAGUUAUUGAUGGCGCUCUUUAUGGUGGCAAGAAUGCAAAUGGUAAUCCCCCACUCUUAGUUAACAGGAAUGAUGACUCUUGCAUGGAAUCCAGCGGAGUGUAUACAGAUUUUGAAAACCAUCGAGCAUCACCAGUGUUUUUAAAUGUUAUCGAUGACAUGUCUCCGGAAGGCUCCACACCUUCAACUCGAUCUGAAUGCAGUCAAAAGAAUGCUAGUACAGGGAAUUUAAAUGCCUUUUUUACAUCCGAACAUACAUUGGAAGAGAGUAAAGUUAUUUCUCAAAUCGUCAAUGACGAUGAGACACCCAAAAAUACAAGUAAAAGAAAUUCAAUAAACAGCGAAAAAGAUAUAAGAACCACUGAAAAAGUUAAAGAAGAAAAGAGGAGUUUUACAUUGAAAAAAUACAAAAUGCCCAAGCGUGACGUGCCUAGCAAACUGAAAAGUAUGCUGGCAAGUAGAAAGACUGAUGCCGACGUUAGUGUUCAGAGCAGUCCAAAAGCUGUGAAAAAACCUGAUCGACGUGAAAAUCUAUCCAAGAAGAACUCAUUAGACAUGAAAAGCGACUAUAAGAUAAAGUCGUUCAAAGACAUAAAGUCUAAAGUGGAUUGUUCAUUUUCUUUACAACGAUCGCAAACUUCUUGCAGUGUCAGCAGGAUGUUGAGUUCUAAAUCUACAAACACCAACCCGAAGCCUAAAAGCCGCCACAUGCGCAUGCGCAUGGAGCUUGGUUCGGCGAACGGCAGCGGCAAGAGCAGCCUACACAGCUCGCAGAGCGACAUCAGCGCUACUAGCACGCCUCUGGGCAAACACCCUACCAGCCGCUUCCCACUAUUAAGGAACGGCAAAAAGCGGGACAGCGUCCCGACGCCGACGACCCCUGCGCGCCCUCCCGCCACCCCGCCGCAACCCCCGCCUGUACAGGCUAAGAAAAAUGGCGUUGUCCAAAAGCUAUCCUCGUCGCCAGUCACAGUGCGCGCGCGCACAUCCCUCGCCCCGCCCCCCUCCCCGCGGAAGCCUCCGCCGCAUAGGGUGCCCGCGCAGAGGCCUACCACCUUGCCAACUUCUAAAGAGCCGCCUCGAGUGGCGACAGCGGUCGGGCCGCGCGGCAAGCGCGUGCAGACGCCGCAACCGGCGCGCACGCCGAGCGCGCCCGCGUGCCCGCCGCCCGCGCCGCCGCGCGAGCAGGCCGCCGCGCUCGCGCACGCUGCCAAAGGCGUAGAGGCGCUGGGCGUGCUGGUGCAGUAUUUGGUGUUUCGCUUAGACGCGUUAAACGGCGGGUCAUGGCGGCUGGAGGCGGAGCGGUGGCGCGGCGUGGCGGCGGCCGAGCGCAUCAGCGCCGAGCGCGCCGACCGGGACCGGCAGCAGCGCGCGCAGAAGGAUCUUGAUACAAUUGCAGAAUGCUUGAGCAAGAUCUCAGAACUGGAGAUGGAGGUGUCGUCCAAAGAAGAGGCGAACGCCCGUCUCCAAGCAACACACAUCGAAGAGGUGGCAUCUCUUGCGAACGAUAUCAAGGGGCUCAAAAAUACAAUAGAGUCCCUAAAACACGAAGUAGCCGAAAGUAGAGCGCGUUUACACGCGCAUAGCGAAAUAGAGCGCACCCUGCGCGCGCAGCUUGAAGCGGCGCGGGCGGAGCUCGAGCGGUCGCCGCGCGCGCCCGACCCGGCCCCAAGCGAGCGGCGCGACAAGUGCACCACGUGCGACGCCGCCUGCGACCCCGUGCUGUGCGAGGUGGAGGACUGCGAGCUCCGGCUGUCCGCCAAUGAGGAGCUGAGCACUGACGCCACGGAGUUGGCGGCUGAGGUGCGAUCUCUCAGAGCAGUAAUCGAGCUGAAGCAAGCGGAGAUGGCGUCCCUACGCGACGCUCGAUCCGAGCUGUCAGCCGAGCGCGAGCGGCGAGCGGCCGCCGAACGCGACGUGCUCGCCGCUCGCCACGUGGCCGAGGAACUGCGCGAGCGCGCGGCCGCGAGACAGCGCGACGUGGACCGGCUGCGCGACGACAACCGCCGUCUGCGCGACGCGGCUGCGCGCGACCGCGACCAUGCUGCGAGACUGGCAGCUCUCAAUGAGGAGUUGAGAUACAAGCUUCGCCAGAAGUCUCAGGUAGUGUCCCUACUCGCCGGUGGCGGGUACAUCGAGCGGCCGCCGCUACGCGCUCGCACGUCGUCCGGCGACUCGGCCCGGUCGGCGUCGCCGCCGCCGGACUCGCCGCCGUCGCCCGCCUCGUCCCCCGCGCCCGACACGCCCCCCCUGCCGGCCGUCAAGGGCGUCGUGGAGAAACACGACUCAGUCAGCUGGGUGCUCGAGAUUGAAGAGACGCCCGAGGAGGUGGCUUCAAGGUAUAUGCUGGCCCGGCGGUCUUCGUUCCGCACGGCCGGCGGCGCGUCACCCAGCGGCGUGAAGCGGCGCGGCGGCGGCUCGCCCGGCAGCGGCUCGCCGGCGCCCGCGUCGCCCGCGCCCAACGCCUCCAAGCUCUUCCGACCCGGAGACCUCGACUUCCCACCGCCGCCGCCCCCCCUCAAGGAAUCCGCCGGCGAGGCCAUCUACAUAUACGAUGACCGCCAGUACUGAACGCCUCGGUGAUGUGGUUCGUGAACGUGAUAUACUAGUCUCGUGUAGAUCGUCCUCGAAAUUCUUUCGCCCCACCAUUUCACCUCUUUGUACGGCGACGGGUUUGUUAUUUGACGGACUAAUUCGUGCCUGAGAACGGCUUGCCUUCUCUGCAUCUCGGCAUACAAAGAUCUACUGUCAUUCUAUUAGUAAAAGUAACAACGAUAUUAAGCUUAUGUGACACUACGUGCAGGUUACUGAUACUUUAUGUAACGUGAUGGAGUUAUUUUAAUUUUAGAAUGGUAAUGUGAAGUGGAAGCGGGUCGAGGUUUCGCAGACGAUCCACACUCGCGCCGUAGACCCACCGUCUACGCGGAAUAUCAGCUCGCCCGAGCGACGAUGCGGCCCGAUUUGAUAUUCUUGCCGAAUAGCUUUUGCAUGUUACAGUCAUAGUUUAAGAUGAAAACGUGGGACCCAACCGGAAUGUCUACUUAGUCGUUACGAAUAUUUAUGGUACGAAUGAUGCGUCGGACCGAGCUCGACCGAGGAUUGUCAGCUGUGAAAGAUCACGAUGCACGUGAUAUGGACUUACGAAUAAAAUUAUAUAUGAGCUUCGAAACUCACUGAUAAAUUGUAAUGCGUGUUUGCUCUUUCUUGACCGAUUUAGCUGGAGGUGAUAUUUUAUGCUCCUAAAUGAUAUUACAAAAUGAUACCUUAGAUACCUUGUAGAUAUUAAUAUAGCUCAUAGGAGUUACUCAAUUAGCUUAUUCGAUAUUUUAUCGACUACAUUUCUGAUAUCGGUGGAUAAAGUAGCUGAAAUAAGGUGAGGCAGUAGCUCCGCACUUAUGUAAUAUUUAAGUAUCUGCUUCUCCCAAAAUUCAGGCCUCGAAAAUUUGUACUUGAAUAAAAAUAUUAGGCUAUGUGUUUAAGGAAAGUGAUUAUGUACCUGCUGAUUGCGCCAAUGAAUAAAUGUCACUGUCGUUUUCUUCAUGUGCAAGUUUGUUACUAAUGUAUCGGAUUGCAUGCCUGUGUUCAGGAUGUACCCUUACUGAUUUAUCCAUUUUGUUUUAAGAAACAAUUUUGUAUAUUCAGUUUUUAAUUAUUUUUUGUUUGGGUACAUCAUUCUCUCUCUAAUCUCUUAUUUUAUAUUGUUUGUCCUGUACUAACAUUUUCUUAUAAUUCUACUUUAUUCUUCCUCUUUUUUUCGUACUUUUAUUUAUUGGUGCAAUGUUCCUCGUUUCUGAUUGUUUAUUAAUUAAGAAAAAACAUUUGAAAGUGUUAUCCUGUUCAGGCUAGCAGGUUGUUGUCUGUAUUACUUAGCAUAGAGUGAUUUAAAUGUUUAUAUUGUUUUGUAUCCAUUGUAGUAUUUAUAACUUAAUUAUUAUAGUUUAUCAUGGUUGUUGGCACUGUAUUAUUUUUAUGUACAAAUAACAAUUUUAAUGAGAAAAAUUAACGUAGUCUUAAGUGAUACAUGUCUGUGCGUUGAAACGUUGCGUCUGCGUUUAGUUUGACGCUGAUAUUUAGGAUUGAUGAAUGCUUUGCAGUGAUGUUAAAUUAACAUGUUUUUCUGCAUAAUAAUUAUUUCUUCAAAUUAACUUUUAAUUUUAAUUUUGUAAAAUGGCUUACGCUGUUUAGAGAAUCCGUCGUCAAUCAUCUCAACCAAACCAAAGAGUCGCGUUCGUCUAAACUCUUUGCCAUGUUCCUUGUGUUGCUAAGCAAACCAUACAAUUGCAUGCCUUCGUUGAAGUUGUACAUUGAGUUUUUUAUUUAUUUUUAAGCUAAACUAUAUACAUAAUACCAUUCCAAAUUAAGAAUUGUAAGCGAAAAUAUUAUAACGUGAUUACGAAGAAUAUUAAUAUAAAAAAUAAAAAUAGUAUGUUAAAAGUA